CACACGUUCACACGCUCAAUCAACUGGAGAGCGUCGCGUUACCUUGCCGGGCUCUCCCAGGGCCAGUACGCGUCUGACCACGCUGCCGAGAGCAUCUUUCCGUCAGUUACACGUCGGACUUUAGGAGCCGGUUCCGCAGCACGCCAUAGCGAGAUGCCGAAUUGCCCCAAGUGCGACAAGCCCGUGUACUUCGCCGAGAGGAAAACAUCCUUAGGCAAAGAUUGGCACGGUUCGUGUUUACGCUGCGAGAAAUGCAAUAAGACCUUAACACCCGGGAGUCAUGCCGAACACGAAGGGAAACCUUACUGCAACCACCCUUGCUAUUCAGCCCUGUUCGGUCCAGGAGGUUUUGGACGCGGCGGUGCUGAGAGUUACGUCUACAAUAAAUAAAAUUUGCUUAAGCAUUUAAGACAAUCGCACAAUUUUGGACGCACACAACGUGAUGUUCGAUUAAUUAUAAUUAUAAUAUAAUUAUAAUUAUAUAUUAUUCAAUAUUACAAAUAUAUACAUAUAAUUAUAUAUACAUAUAAUAUAAAUUA